AUGGCUGUUUUUAUCUUGAUAACUCUACUGAUAGCCACUGAAGCAAAUAAGUAUGUAGACAAGGGCAAGGAACAAAUGUUCUUAUCUCUGACUCAUUAUGUUCGCUCUAGGGGCACCAUCAUCAAUUCUGUGAACAAUGGACUGUGGAUCAUCAUUCCUUGCUGUUUUGCUUUAUCCGUGCAACAUAAUCUACUAUUUGUGUUUCUUUCAGAGCAGUUGAAUAGAUUUGCAGGCUUUGGUAUUGGUCUUGCAAGUCUAUUUACAGAAAAUGUAUUGGCACAUCCUUGCAUUGUUCUUCGUCGCCAGUGCCAGGUUAAUUAUCACGCCCGGAACUAUCAUCUCACUCCAUUUACUAUUGUCAAUACUAUGUACAGCAUCAAUAAAUCCCAGGGUCCAAGAGCUCUUUGGAAAGGAAUGGGGAGUACCUUCGUGGUUCAGGGCAUCACGCUGGGAACAGAAGGCAUCAUCAGUGAAUUUACGCCUUUGCCAAGGGAACUUUCACAUAAGUGGAGCCUCAGACAAAUAGGAGGCCAUCUUCUACUGAAAGGCCUAACCUAUGUGGUAGCAAUGCCUUUUUAUUCAGCAAGCCUGAUUGAAACUGUGCAGAGUGAAAUCAUUCGAGAUAAUCCUGGGAUUUUGGACUGUGUCAAAGAAGGGAUUGGCAGAGUGAUUGGUUUGGGAGUGCCCCAUAGCAAACGGCUCCUUCCCCUUAUGGCUUUGACCUUUCCCACUGUUCUACAUGGAAUUCUUCAUUACAUCAUCAGUUCCAUCAUCCAGAAGUUUGUUCUGCUUAUGCUGAAAAGGGAGAGUUCCCAGAGCCUUCAAACAGAGAGCUCCAAUUCUGUGCAGAGUAUGUUGGAUGCUUAUUUUCCAGAACUUAUAGCUAGUUUUGCCGCUAGCCUUUGUGCUGAUGUCAUGCUUUAUCCACUGGAGACUGUUUUACAUCGCCUUCAUAUUCAGGGAACACGUACAAUAAUUGACAAUACAGACCUUGGCUAUGAAGUGCUUCCAAUAAAUACUCAGUAUGAGGGAAUGAGAGACUGCAUCAAUACUAUAAAGAGGGAAGAAGGAAUGCUGGGUUUUUAUAAAGGGUUUGGAUCUGUUGUCGUACAGUAUACUCUGCAUGUGGCUGUUUUACAGCUCACUAAAAUUAUUUACUCCACACUGCUUCAAAAUGUUGCUUAAAAGUGUGUUUAUAUAUUGAUUAACAUCAGGGACAUGAUGUGGUCACUUAAUUAAUUAUGUUUAAAAGAGCUGGAUAGGAAAAUGCAAGCUAAAAGAUGAGACUGCAGUAGUGGUUUCUCUUUUUACAAUGUGAAGUGUUCAUUUGAAUUCUAAAAUGUCCUUUUUAACAAGUACUCUUUAAAAUUAUAACAAGGACUAUUGCUAGAAUUUGAAUAUCUUGAAAUGUGGAAGAGGCUCACAAUUUAAAGUGGGCAAAUUGAUGUAGACAGUAUACAUGAUUUCUCUCAUUUCAAUAUAGAUAACCUUUGUUCUACCUGUAGACUGACAUGGAAAAUGGCAUUUCCAAUGGCACUGUUCACAUGCACUAUCUGUCCAGAAGAUAAAUAGUCAUCAUUAUCUUUGGCAAUGAAUUUCUUUAGAUAAAUAAAGGGGUUUGGAUUCAGAACUUAUAUGCAAGAGAUCUGAGGAUUUAAUGGUCUUUGACAAACCUGUUUUAACUUUUACUGUUCAGGUGGUUGUGGUCAGAAUGGUAACUUAAAAAAACUUCCAUAUUUUUUUCUCCCUCCCAAGUUUUGUCUUACAAACAAACAAUACUGUCACUGCCACAACAUGCACUUAGGGGAAAAAUAAACUAAAUAUUAGGCUUUGUACAUCAUCCAUAACACAUUAUUUUGUAAUAAGAGCUUUGUUGUCUUGGUAUCUGCAAAAUGAAAUAGAAUGCAAUAGUUAGCUCUCUUCUGCACUAAAAUGUAUGGCUUGAAUAAAGUAAAUGUAUGUAUAAUUAGGAGGUGAUAUGUGUAAAAGUGCCAUUUAAAAAUCAGAUUUCCAACCGUAACCACAAUUUAAGAGAUUUGCUUUUCUAAGUUAUUUUUGCAUAAAAGAAUAAUCAUGAGAUGUGAUUUAGUACCCGUGUUCAGAUUAUACUCUGAAGCAUAAAAAAAAUUAUCUGGUUUUUAUUUUGUCUACUUACCUUCUGUUAGAUUGCAAUGCCUGGGGGAGAGAUACAAACAUAGUGAUUUGGUCUUGAGGGUCCUUUGUCUUCUCUAGAGCUGCAGUCUACUUAAGACAGCCUCCACUUAUGAUUUUGCACUUAACCCAUGCUUUAAAAUGUAUGUGCUGGAUUAAAUGUCUGAUGGUCAAUAUUCAACUUUCACAAUUAAUAUGUAAUGUGUGACAACUACUCAAAUUGAUUUUUCUUCCUCUCUUCCCCCAUCCUCCAAACCAAGAUUUUUAAUACUGAAAAAGUUAUUCUGAAUUCGUUAUGUUUGCUUCUUGGUUCUAAAAUAGAUUUCAUGAAGAUGUUUAAAAGAGAUGUUUUAACAAGUAAAACAGAUGAGCAUGUUAAAAGAAAAUCACUUUUAAACAAUAUGAAAGGUUAUUGCCUUUCUUGUAAAUUAACUUUUGUGGUAGGAGUCUUUGUAUAUCUGUGUGAAUAUAGAAAUUUGACAUGUGUUUAAUCAAUCUUAAAAUGUAUAGUAGUUCUUAUUUAUGGAAAUCAGUCGUGGAAAAACUAUGAACAGCUUUGACUUAACUGCAAUGACUUACAAUUUGACAUACUUUGAAAAUAAUUUGACUCUACUUAUUUAUUUUCAUGUAUUUUAAGCACAAGUGUGAAAAUGGAAAGUAUAGUAAACAUGGGAUCUGA